UUGCAAUCGCAAUUAGAACAUGGCAAUUUGGAUCCGCGGGAACUCAAACGCGCGCGUGAUGCACAGGCCAAAGAUUUCCCCAAAGGUAUUCCUGAAUGUGGCACGGACGCACUUCGAUUCGCCCUGUGUUCCUACACCAAACAGGGCAGAAACAUCAAUCUUGACAUUUUGCGCGUUCAAGGCUGCCGAUUUUUCUGUAACAAAUUGUGGAAUGCUGUUCGGUAUGCCCUGUAUCAUUGCCUUGGGACGGAAUUUCAACCACCAGUGAUUGUUUCGCUUGAAGAAGCACUGAGUACAGCGCGUGCUCAUCCGUUAAUCAGCGGCACAGACCGAUGGAUCUUGUCUCGUCUGGCCAACGCUGUUCAGCGGUGCUACAAUGGAUUCGAACAAUUCCACUUCUCGAUGGCGACCACCGCCUGUUACAACUUUUGGCUCUACGAGUUCUGUGAUGUCUAUUUGGAAUACACCAAACCGAUAGUUAAACCGGAUGGAAAACCGGUGCACAUGGAACGAGCUAAUCUGGUGUGUUGUGUGCUUUAUCUCUGCUUGAAUGUGGGACUUCGACUCCUACAUCCAUUCAUGCCAUUCAUUACGGAAGAGCUGUAUCAACGAUUACCUCAUAGAGCUGAAUCCAAGCAAUUAGCACCCAGCAUCUGUGUGACACCUUAUCCGACACCCGGUCAGGUGGCUGCCUUACGUGAUGAAGAUGGCGUGGAAACCGACUUCCGGCUUGUGAACAGUAUCGCGCACCGCUUACGCGCACUGCGCGCAGCCUACCACGUUCAGUCUCGUGGACAGUUAGACGCUCAGCUGUUGGCUCCACCUCCUGUGCUGAACAGUUUGAUUGCUGGUGGUUACCUGGUCGAUGUAUUGGAACCUUUGGGCCGGAGUCGGAUCACGCAAGCUACGUCUGAGCGAUCCCAAAUCAACACCAAAGGUUGUGUCCACGCCACUGUUUCGGCCAGUGAUCUACUGGCAUCCAACAACGGUGAUCCCAACGUGACAGAGCCCGGUGAUGCUGCCUCUGACAGUGACGAUGAAUUGAACGAGUCGAACCAGCGACAACCACCCGAAGUCGUCCCAGCUUCUGUAGCUCUGGAGCACUCCUCCGCCAAAGAAACGCAAUGA